ACAGCACCAGAAGCAUGAGAAUAUCAUAAGCUACUAAGAAGCACCCUCAGACUCCUAUCCUCCAUCUGGCAGAGUCCCAAUCCCUUCUUCCCCUUCCUCACAUGGAGUCUUAUGCCUCACUGCACUAUGCUUUUGUUCUCAUGGGGUAUACAAAUGCAUAUCCUCCACCACCACAGGUUGAAUAUGGUUACCCUUACUCAUCUCCUCCACCCCCUAAGGUGUCCCAAUCACCACGACCUCCAAGCCAUCAGGACUACAAUGAUGAGUACCCUCCACCACCUCCUUCUCAGCCAAACUGCCACAGCCAUGAUCAUGGAUGCUGCCUCUCAUUCCUAAAAGGAUGGUUGGCUGCCCUUUGCUGCUGUUGCAUGGUGAAAGGGUGCUACUUCUAAGCUGAUUGUUUUGUUUUUCUGCUGUGAGAUGAUAUCCAUGAUCCAGCUUGCUAGUAUGCAUUGUUCUUGUAAUUUGCUGUUUGUUAGGGUUCCUAGGGAUAGAUGGUGAUUAUGACAAUAUUUUACAAUAUGACUUAGUAUAAAUUUCUGUAACACUGAACUUUAAUUUGAAUAGCAGGGGUUCGAUUCAAAUGGGUGUCAACCAUCGAUUCAAUC